UGUUCCGUUGGGUGGUGGCUACAAACUUUUCAGUUACUCUGUAGAGUCUGCUGUUCGCCCAACGGUGGAAUGUUCGAAGGACGUGAAAAGUAUACUUGAAAUAUUUAAUAGCUAGCGGUUUUGAACGACUAAACGCGUUAUUAACUAACACUUCGGUAGAUAUUUCGAGGAACUUGUAGAGGCUGGGAUUGGCUGGCCAAUUGUUAGCGAGUUGCUCGGGAGCUAACAAGUAAUUAGCCAGUAAGCUAGCUAGUAAAGCCACGCAAAGGGAGAGAAAACGCCUGGAGACAUCGCGGACCAAUGCAGGCCAUAAAGUGUGUCGUGGUUGGAGACGGGGCUGUUGGUAAAACAUGCCUGCUGAUCAGCUACACCACCAAUGCAUUCCCCGGAGAGUACAUCCCCACAGUAUUUGAUAAUUACUCCGCAAAUGUGAUGGUGGAUGGCAAACCAGUCAAUCUGGGUUUAUGGGACACAGCAGGACAGGAAGAUUACGACAGGCUCCGUCCUCUCUCCUACCCUCAGACAGAUGUGUUUCUGAUCUGCUUCUCCCUUGUGAGUCCUGCCUCUUUUGAAAAUGUUCGUGCAAAGUGGUACCCAGAAGUGAGACAUCACUGCCCCAACACUCCAAUCAUCCUGGUGGGAACCAAGCUUGAUCUGAGGGAUGACAAGGACACCAUUGAGAAGCUGAAGGAGAAGAAGCUUACUCCCAUCACCUACCCUCAGGGCCUGGCCAUGGCUAAAGAGAUCGGAGCUGUGAAAUAUCUGGAAUGCUCGGCCCUGACACAGCGCGGCCUCAAGACGGUGUUUGACGAGGCGAUUCGAGCUGUUCUCUGCCCACCCCCUGUGAAGAAGAGGAAGAGAAAAUGCUCUCUGCUCUAGACAGCAAGCAAGGCCUACAAUCCCAGCUGUAUUUUGAGGGAUAGGAAUGAGAUGGUGCACUUGUUCCCAUUUUCCUCUGUUUUUUUUUUUUUUUUUUUUUUUUUGACUACAAGUUUAUAUCCUCACACAACUGAAUAUAACCUCUAGAUGUAGGAACGGGACACGAUCACCUCAAAUCCAUGUUUCCUUAGACACACCCAUACUGAGAUUAAAAUUAAUAUGGCCUUUCAGCAGAUUUUUUUUUUUUUUUUUUUUUUUUUUUAAACAUGUUGCAAUGUUGUCCUGUAAUUAAUUGCUUUUAAGAGCCCAUGUGGUUUGUUUACAAGUCAUCGUUGGAAUGAAAUAAGUCUUGCCAAAUAGCACUACAACUCCCACUGCAUACACUACAAAAUUCUGUUGAAUUAUCUUGACCCUUCUGAACAACAGGCCAUGUAGACAAGAUAGAAUUAAAUAUGUGAGAGUACUGUUCUUUCAAGAAUUAUCCCUGUAGAGUCUGUCACCUAACAUGAAUCAGUACUUAUCACUGGCUACUUGUUGUAUUACAGUCACUGUCUUACAUUUUAUACUGUAAAAUAUUAGACCUGAAUAACAGUGCUAGCAUAGCUUCAGUGUUUCUCAAGUGCUUCCUAUGAGCACAGUUAUACCUCCUCUUUACAUGAUAAACGAUUAUGCCCAACUAAUCACCUUUAAUACCUAUAACCCUGUCUGUACAUCGUCCCUAAAUAAGUUCAACUGCAGUCUAAAAGAUUGUGUAUUCAGCUAGGGGAUUUGAAGCAUCUCAAAAUAAAACACUAUAUAGGGCUAUCGGAAUCCUUUAAUGGUUUUAAUGAAUUUAUAAUAAACCUUAAAUCUUGUAUUAAAAAUUUCAUUUUUUAAUUUUUUUUUUAUCUGAUGUUAAAGGCAACACUACUGUUGGAUUGUGACAUGAAAGGAUUAAGUAGCUUUUAUUUUUUCAUUUUAGUCCUUGUAUUCCCAUCAUAGCUAAUCAUAUUUUUAACUAAACUUUCUUUGUACACUAACAUUUAACUGUCCCUUCUGUCAUCUGGAUAGAAUGUUUCUAAUGGAUUGAACAUUGAAAAUGUCAUGCAUAGUGACAUUCAGAGCUUGUUUUUGCAUACUUCCUUUAACUGUCCCAAAAUACAAGUACACAAUGUGCAUUUGCCAUCGCAAGUCUGUGUGCACAAUUAGAGCCAAUGUUGUAACCCUGUUUUUUAGGGAUAUUCCUAAUCACUUGUUUUGCAUAAAUGGUGACAGAAAUAAAGCAAAAUUAAAUGUG